ACCUUAUGAGUUAGGAACGAUAGGAUGGUAUAAUUACGUCGUCGUACACGCGUUUGCGUACUACACUGUUUGCGAAAUGUCGAUUCCUUUUAGCGGAUCGCGUUCGCGUUCUGGCGGUUUGAUCAGUGCUAUUGCUAAACAAUUGAAAGAAGUUAAUUUAAAAUUAGUCAAUAGGAUCGUCGUACAGUUUGAUCCCUUUCACGAGAAUGUUACGGAAACGAGAAAGUUUCUUUUCUAUAUAUCAUGCCCGAGGAUUCUAAAAACAAAUCCUUUCUGCAUAUUAAAAACAAAAAUUGUCUGCGAUCGUACUGAGCCUAUUAUUACAUUUGAUCUUGUAUCAAAUAACAAAGUAAUAUUCAAGUGUAAAAAUUUAACUACUCUGGAUAUCUUACAAUAUUGCAAUAAGCACAUCAGUUCUUUAGUUCCACCUCCUGAAAAGAGUCCUAAACAACUUCUGCUUGAGGAGAAAGAAAAGAAGAGAAAGAAGAAAAAAAUAAAACAAAAACCAUUUACUAAAAGAAGGCAUGUAAUUUUGUAAUUUGGCAGAGAUAGAGAAA